UUCAUUCAUCUCUAUAGGGUGGGGAAUGGGAUGUUCGUGGAGCUCCAAAGCCCUAACCCUAACCCUAACCCUUCAAUUUCUUCAAUCCAAUUCCCAAAAUGUCCAAAAUUUCCUCCACAUUUCUUCUACAUUUCAUCCAUAAACGUUUUCUCACCACCAUUUCUACUUCUACAUUGCCUUCCCCUCUAUUUCUACCGUUCAAUUCCUCAAAAAUCCAUCUGCCCUUUAUUCAGGAUCUCCUACUCCCAACGGUCCAAAGCUCCAAUUCCAUGAAAUAGACAUCCAGCAGUACGGAGCCAUUAUCGGUUUCUUGAAAUCACAUGGGUUCGAGAAUCCACAGAUCGCCAAGUUGGUUUCCAGGCAACCUUCGAUCCUUCAAUCCAGAGUCGCCACUCUGAAACCUAAAUUUGAGAUCCUUCAGGAAAUCGGGUUCGUCGGUCCUUUACUUCCUAAGCUAAUUCUGUCAAACCCUUCGGUUCUUCACAGGAGCUUAGAUUCUCAGUUGAAACCAUCAUUUCGUAUCAUAAAGGAAAUGCUUGUAUCGGAUGAAAAGGUAACUGCUGCUAUUUUUCGUUGUACGUGGCUUCUAACUUAUACUUCCAAGGGUACUAUGCGAUCUAACAUUGAUGUUUUGGUUAGUGAGGGAGUACCUUCUAGGAAUAUCGUGAAAUUGAUUGAAUUGAACCCUAGAACUAUUUUGCGAAAGGUUGAUUUAAUGAUUCAUGCAGUGGAAACAGUUAAAGAAUCAGGGGUUGAACCAAAGGAUGGUAUGUUUCUUCAUGCAGUUAGAGCAGUGCUUUCAAUGAAUGAUUCAACUUGGAAGAAGAAAAUAAAUGUUAUGAAGAGUUUAGGAUGGUCUGAGAAUGAGAUUUUUACAGCAUUUAAGAAAUUUCCACCUUACUUCACAUGUUCAGAGGAGAAAAUGAGGGACGUUGCAGAUUUCUGUUCCAACACUGCAAUGUUAGAUCCAGGAACUCUAAUAUCUUACCCUGUGUUAUUCAAGUAUUCAGUCGAGAAGCGGCUCCAACCGAGGUACAAAGUUCUUGAGGUUUUGAAGGUGAAAAAUCUUCUUAAAAUCAAAAAGAUUGCUUCGGCAUUUGUGAAAGGGGAAGGAUAUUUUGUGGAGAAAUAUGUAGUUAAGCAUUUGGAUGAAAUCCCAAAUCUGAUGGACAUAUACCGUGGCAAUGCUGCAGCCGAAACCAAAUCUGUUGUAUAGGAUUGGAAAGCUUGAAGUUUAGAUUUGAGCAUCAUGAUCUUCAAAGGGGGAGAGAAUUUUUGUGGUUAUUGAGCCUUCUGUUUCAGCUAACAUUGCUUCUUGAGCCUUUUCAGGUGGGAGAGUUGUGUUGUCUUUCCAUCCAAAUUAAGACAGGUGAAUGAAGACUUCCUAUACUAACUUAAAUAUCCUAAUGCAAUAGGAUUGGUACCGCAUCGUGUGAGAAUCUGUUUCACAAGUCAAGAAGAGAAUAAUCAAGACAAGACUCGCUAGGAAGGUCAAGCCUACAAGAACCUGUGGCAAACCCUAACUUCGGUGACAUUCAAGCGCCAACGAUAUUCACAAAAGCAAUGUCACGUAUCCAUACCCUAUGAUAUUUUUGCAAAAAUAAAAGAGUUCAAAAAAAUAUUUAAAUGGAUAAAUUAGCAUUUUUUAUACCAUUUAAAAGGUUUGUUAUUUAUAUUAUGUUUAGUUAGAAACACUUUUGUUAUACUCAAUGGUGCAAAAACUUGGUUUUUGAAAAUAUUGGUAGAGAAAACAAUAUAUAGGUAUAUAUGAACAUUUUUCUAUUGACGAGUACAUCUACAUGGUGCAAAGAGUACCAUAAAAUCGAUAUUGGAUUUGCUUUCA